CAAGUGCUAUGCUGGACAUUACCUGACCCCAUCUCUACCAAUCUUUAGUUUAUAACAAUGCAUGAUUGGCCGGGCUGUUCAUACCAUGUCUCUGCCUGAGAGUACUUCACAUCAGCCCACCCGCAAUCAAUAACCACAAUCCACAUUUCGUCUCUAACACUUAGUCUCCAAGGCAUCGUACAGGAUUUCAAUUCUUCUAUUCUCUAAAGCCUCCCUACAAAACCCCACCAUGCUAUCCACAUUCUGGCCGCACACAGAAUAUGCCGAAGACCAACCCUUCCCCAAAUUAAUCCUCACUGGCCAUGUCCUCGACCGCAGCUUCCAAACCGGGGCACUCCUAGGAAGCACUACCGGUCUCAUUCGAGUAGGACUAUUAGCGUAUCAACCAACCUCUAAUAACAAGGUCUACACCAGAUUCAUUGUACCCCCAGGAUCCACCCCAGCUACUCUUCUUAUGCGAUCGACAGGCACGGGUGCCAUCAUAGGCCUCGGGGCAAUGGCAGCUAUGCUCCCUUAUUAUCUGGUUAAAUGGGAUCCGAUCGAAUGGCAAGAUCGCAGUUGGAGACUGCUGGAGAACCCGGGGCAGGUGGAGGUGGAUACUUGGGGGUUUACGGGUGCGGUGCUGGGAUUGACCGCGUUGGUGGUUAUGGCGCGGCGAAAUGGGAGGAUGUUUCAGUUGACGGGCCAUGAGGAGGUUUCCUCGUUGGUUUUGCUGAGGGCUCUUGGGUGGAGGAAUGCUUUUGCGAGUGCUGGGAUGGGAAGUUUGUCGGGGGUUUUGGGGUAUUUGGGAUGGAGAUAUGGUGUUAUGGGUGGAAAGCGAUAAUAUCUAUUGUGUUGUUACUUUAUUCCGGCUUUUGUAUAUCGGGGUUAUGAUAUGUAAAUGUGCUUCUGCCGUGUAUUCAGUCUAUAAUUGCGAGAUUGAGAUGGUCUCGGGUGCCUAAGGCUUUUCAGUCGAUAUAGCAGUGACAUCAGCGUUCCCUUAAGACGGGACAGUAAUCUAGCCCAAUUAAGACUUAGCGCCGUAGCUCUUCCCGAGC